UCUAGGUGGCAUCCCUCGAACGGUUGAACGCCAUUCCGUCAGUGUCGGAACGGCGCGUGAGGUUUGCGGACUUGCGAGCAAGUUUCGGGCAGAAUUAUCCAUCUUUCUAUUCCUCGUGUUUGCAGCGCAGAUCUGGUGCGGGUUGAUUUGUGGCCAGAGUUGUGAGCAUAAUUGUGGGAAAAUCUUGUGGAAUUUGGCUGUCUGUGAGAUUUUUGUUACACGAGUUCACAGAUCACUUCUGCUUCGCGUUGAACCAUCCAAUCUCCUAGCAAAAGUUUGAGCCGUAAAACGUUCACGUUCCUCGGAGUAAACUCAUGAUCCUUCCCCCUCAAAAGUGAUUGCGGUAAAUUGGAAGCCAAGGCCGGAAAAAUCACCCUGCCUGAAAAGUGUAUGCGCAAGAAAACAGUGUUGGUGUGGAAAAAUUCCGGAUAAAUAUCCUUCCCAGAGUGUGUGUAAUUCGCCAGUGUGGAUACAAAUUUUAUAAAAAGUAAAGCUAAAAAAUAAUAAAAAGCUCGCGGAAGAAGCUCUUGAAAGUGUGCGUCUGUUUUUAGUCGUCAAUUUGCCGUACAUGUGUACGUGGAAAAUUGGAAAAGUUUUUAAUUAAAGCCAAGCCACUCACUUUUGGAACCGGCCGCGCCCACCCUCGGAACAGAGAGCGCGCGUGGAAAGUCUUCUUUUUUGGACAACACCACGUGAUCAGCCACUGACGAAAACGACGACGACGCGUGGAAUUUUUCAGAAGACUGACCCAGCCCCAACCUCCGGAACGGAACCACGGAGCAGCAGCGAAGAUGCAGUGUGGCGUUGAGACCAUGAACGACUGCGAGCGUUCGCCGGGCCGCACCGGACUGCGCGUCAACUUCACCGAGAAGGGCGAGGUGAAGGAGCGGCGGGAGAAAUUCCUCACGGCCAAGUACGGCUCGCACCAGAUGAGCCUCAUCCGGAAGCGGCUCGCCGUCGAGAUGUGGCUGUACGACGAACUGCAGAAGCUGUACGACCCACCCACGGAAGCGAUAGACGUGGACAUCGACGAAAUUCUCGAUAUGGACACCGAUGACAUCAGAAGAUCUCACUUAUUCAGCCUACUAUCCGCAUGCAAACGACCUCCUCAAGACAUAUCGAAAUUCAUCAGCGAUCUGCUGGACCGGGCAAAGACCCUCUGAGCUGGACUGGUCAUUUCAGUUUAAAUUUAAUUUUAAAGUAAACAGUAAAAAUCUUGCAAAGUAAGGUCACAUUUAAAAGUAACGUAAACGCAGUGUUAAUUUAAUCUAAAUACAAACAAAAAAACAGAUGUAAGGAAAUCACACAACACAUACACACACACAACAUCAACAUCAAAAAUAUAACGAAUCCGGAAAAUCAUCUUUUUGGCACAGAGAAACAACAACAAAUCACACCCACCCACUCACAUUAUUUAGUGUUUUAGGUUGAUGUUUUUUUAGGGUUAGUUUAGCAAGACUACAACAGCUGUGUAUUUAGCUAUCACUGAUUCGAUGUUUAGGUUUAGGUUUAUAAUUUGUGCGCGCUCAACUUUCGAAUGUGUGAGUCAGAGGUGUAGGAGAAGCUCACUAAAAUUACGAGAAUUAGGCUGGAAACACAAAUAACAACAAACAGAAAAAAAUAUAUUAUUAUAAACAGCAGAAAUGAAAGACAGAGCCAGAGAAAGAUUUGAUUUUUCUCCAAAGAAUACUUUAGUAUAGAUACAAAAGAAAAUGAUGAAGAGAAGUGCAGAAAAGGUUAAGCGAUACAAAUUAUGCUGUAAGUAAGUUAAACAGAAAACACACACAACACGAAGCUCGUUUGUUUAUUUUGUUAACUAUUUUAUGGUUAAGUUCGUCUUCAAAUCUCUUUAGUGUGUAAAUUUGUGUCUCCUUCAACGACUCGGUUUAAACUUAUUUCUAAACUCAGUUGGCCACGUUUGGUUCGUUCGCCACCUCCAAGACACUGCCAGGAUUUGCCCAAAAAAAAAGGUGCUGCCAUCGAAGCAAGCCAAGGCCUGCUGCGCGCUUUGCUCAUGUGGCGGUCACAGACGAGGAAUCUUUUUUCGAGAACGCAAAGCUGCAAAGUUUCUCUUGUUCGAAAAAGGUCAUUACUUAGAUAAAUAAAUUGGAAAGUCAGUCAGCAAACGAGUGAACGAGCUGAACCGAAGUCAAACUUGGAGAAAUAACACAAAAAACGAAAAAAAAAAAACAAAGCACAGUGUCGAAAGGGAACCACGUUAAUUAGUGAGAAUGUUGUAAUAAAAUAGCAAAUCAAAAGUAAGGAAAAACAAAAGAAUGCCAAUUUGAAAUCACCCAUCAGUGCUAAUUUAACGAUGUUUUGUUUUUUUGAUUUUUACUUUUCGCUUUGUGAUCACGCACUGAAAGACUUUCACGAUAUCUUCCCGACGAAAAGUCUCUAUAGUUUAGCUUAGCUACCCCAUAUUUAGUACUCAUUCUCUCAUUAAGUCAUCAUAUCAUCGAAAAACUAAGAAAAUCAAUUUAGAAAAAAUAUUCUAUUCAUAAAAAACACACACAAGCACACUCACAAACACAUAUAACUUCUUCUACAAUAUCAGUCUAUAGAAAUGCGAUGUUUCGUAGUGUUUUCACUGUUCAACUAUUCAAAUUAUUGUAAAACGUUUAGAACGAGUGCAAAAUUUAAAUUGACGAAAAAUAAAUACAGCACACAUCUUAAUCGAAUCUGUCAUGCAAAACCACACUGAAAAAAAAAACAAAUAAAUUGGCAAAAAGUCCCGCCCUUUCCCCCCUCCCCCAACAACUGUAUCCGAGGAUGCAGCAGUAGGAUAAAAUAGUGAAAAAAUAAAACAACAAAAAAGAUAGCUUUAGCUUUUAUCGAGGAACAAUAGUGUGAGCAACAAAUGAAACAAAAAAAAAGUUGUAAUAAAAUUAGGUGCCCUCCCAUUCCCACUGCAAAAUGGAAGUGUGUGACAAAGAAAUAAAAA